CUCGUGUUAAGGAAGUCGUUGGUUUCAUCCUUCACUUUCAGUCAGGGUGUUGAGUUUUGACUCUUGAUUCCAGUCACAUGAUCAGAAUCAUCUCCCAUCCUUGGCGGUUACUCUUCCAAAUUCGAAUUCGCGCUCACUGAAACCCGACUUCAACCUCAUCGCCGCCGUACCAGAGAGAGCGCACGCUGAAAAUGACGACGGAGCAGACGAAGUUCAGCGUGCUCUGCAGCCUAUUCACAUGGACGCAGAGAACCAAGUCGCCGGCGAAGAAGCGUUCCAAGUUCCGCAAGUUCCUCGACUCCUUCUGCAGAGACGCUAACUACUUCCCCGCCAUUCGCCUCAUCCUCCCUAACCUCGACCGCGAACGCGGCUCCUACGGCCUCAAAGAGUCCGUCCUCGCCACCUCCCUCAUCGACGCUCUCGGUAUGGCUAGGGAUUCUCAGGAUGCUCUCCGCCUCAUCAAUUGGCGUAAAGGCGGUGCUAAAACUGGUGCUAGUGCCGGCAAUUUCGCACUCGUCGCCUCUGAGGUGCUGCAGCUUAGGCAAGGGACUGCUUCUGGUGGUUUGACGAUAAAGGAGUUGAAUGACUUGCUUGAUCAAUUGGCUUCGAGCGAAAACAGGGCUGAGAAGAAUCUGGUUCUUUCUACCCUUAUCAGAAAGACAAAUGCACAGGAAAUGAAGUGGAUUAUCAUGAUAAUUCUCAAAGAUCUAAAGCUGGGAAUUAGUGAAAAAAGCAUUUUCCAUGAAUUCCAUCCAGAUGCCGAAGACUUGUUUAAUGUUACAUGUGACUUAAAAUUAGUUUGUGAAAAGCUAAAGGAUCGGAACCAGCGCCAUAAACGGCAGGAUAUUGAAGUUGGAAAAGCUGUGCGCCCUCAAUUAGCUAAGAGAGUUGCUAAUGCAGCUGAAGCAUGGAAAAAGCUUCAUGGGAAGGAAGUUGUUGUUGAGUGCAAAUUUGAUGGUGAUCGCAUUCAAAUUCAUAAAAAUGGAACAGAGAUACAUUUCUUCUCAAGGAACUUUCUUGAUCAUUCUGAAUAUGCACAUGCAAUGUCAGCAAUCAUAAUACAAAACAUUCUUGUAGACAGGUGUAUCCUUGAUGGUGAAAUGUUGGUCUGGGACACAUCCUUGAAUCGUUUUGCUGAGUUUGGCUCAAAUCAGGAAAUAGCCAAGGCAGCAAGGGAUGGACUUGAUAGUCAUAGAAAGGUUCUUUACUUUCAAUCUUCUUUAUUUUUAUUUUUGUAUUAGAAAAUAUCAAAAUGGUUAGAUGUUGCAUUUGAUAUUCUUUAUUUUGGAGAUACUAGUGUGAUUCACCAAACUUUAAAGGAACGGCAUGAGAUUCUUCGUAGAGUCGUGAGGCCAAUGAAGGGCCAAUUGGAAAUUUUAGUACCUAAUGGUGGUAUCAACAGUCACCGUUCUUCUGGUGAACCAUGUUGGUCAUUUAUUGCUCAUAAUGUGGAUGAAGUUGAGAGAUUUUUCAAAGAAACCAUUGAAAAUAGAGAUGAGGGAAUUGUUGUAAAAGACCUCAGCUCCAAAUGGGAACCUAGUGAUCGCAGUGGAAAGUGGCUGAAAUUGAAGCCUGAAUACAUUCAAGCUGGUUCUGAUCUAGAUGUACUCAUCAUAGGUGGCUACUAUGGCUCUGGACGACGUGGAGGAGAGGUUGCUCAAUUCUUGGUUGGCCUUGCAGAGCGUCCAUCUCCAAAUACACAUCCCAAGCGAUUUAUCUCCUUUUGCCGGGUUGGUACUGGACUUUCUGAUGAUGAGCUUGAUGCUGUAAUAUCAAAACUAAAACCUUACUUCAGGAAGUAUGAAUAUCCAAAGAAGAGGCCACCGAGUUUUUAUCAAGUUACUAAUCAUUCAAAAGAAAGACCUGAUGUGUGGGUUGAUAGCCCUGAGAAAUCAAUUGUUCUGUCUAUAACAAGUGAUAUCCGAACUAUACAAUCUGAGGUAUUUUCUGCACCUUACAGCCUGAGAUUUCCUCGAAUUGACAGGGUGAGAUACGACAAGGCCUGGCAUGAAUGCCUUGAUGUGCAAUCAUUUAUAGAACUUGUGCAUUCCAGCAAUGGUACCACACAGAGGGAUACAGAGCAUGGCAGCAAGCAGGACAGUAAAUCAAAUCGCAUCAAAUCCUCCAGACGGGGAGAAAAGAAAAACAUGUCUAUUGUUCCUUCCCAUUUAAUACAAACUGAUGUUUCCAGUGUUAAAGGGGGGUCCUUAAUAUUUUCAAAUAUGAUGUUUUACUUUGUAAAUGUGCCUCCAUGUCAUUCUCUCGAGUCCUUGCACAAAAUAAUUGCUGAGAAUGGGGGAACUUUCUCAAUGAAUUUGAAUAACUCAGUCACCCAUUGUGUUGCAGCAGACAGCAAAGGGUUUAAAUUUGAAGCAGCAAAACGCCAUGGUGAUAUCAUUCAUUAUACUUGGGUAUUUGAUUGCUAUGCACAAAAGAAGCUUGUCCCAUUACAACCAAAGUACUUCCUGUUCCUAUCUGAACUGACAAAGAAGAAGUUACAAGAAGAAAUCGAUGAGUUCUCGGACUUUUACUAUUUGGAUCUUGAUAUUGGAGAUAUCAAACAGCUUUUAAGCAAUAUUCAUAGGUCGGAAGAUGUCAGCACUGUUGAUCAUUAUAGGAAAAAAUACUGCCCAAAGGAUAAGUGGUCUUUCUUUUGCGGAUGCUCCGUUUAUUUCCACACUGUAAUACCAUCAUUGAAAGAAGAUUGGCAAUUUCUAUUGGGACUUUCUUUGAGGAGAUUCAAGCUCGAAGUUCUCAUGGGUGGUGGAAAAGUUGCUGAUAAUAUUAAUUGUGCUACUCAUCUAGUGACUUUGUUUGUGCCAAGAUGUCAUACUAACUUUUGGGAAGAAAUUCAGAGUAGUUUCACUUCAGUAGAGAGAAGAAUUCUUCGAAGCAAGAGGUUGCAUAUAGUUAAAUCGCAGUGGUUAGAGGAUUGUUUGAACAGUAGCCAAAGAUUACCAGAAGAUGCCUAUAGCUUGAGACCCGAUGGAAUAGAAGAAUCAACUACUGAAGAUUGUGAAUAUGACUUGGCGUUAGACACCCAUCUGGUUGGAGAUAAUGUAGAGGACCAAAAUACAUCUUUCUCUGACCUUGAAAGUAAACAUAGAACUGCAAAAGCUGCUAAUGAACCAAGUUUGGCUUCGGUGUCCCAGGAGAAGGGUGGCGGAAGGAAAAGAGGAAGACCUGCAGGCAGAGGUACCAAAAACGUAAAAACAGCCGGUAACCAAGCUCCCAGAGGCAGAGCACGAGCACAAGUUGCGAGAAAGCGGCCUAAAAUAUGUGAAUAUGAAUCAGAUGAUGACAGGGAUUCUCAACAAAUAAGACCACAAGGGCAAGACACAAGAGAAGGAGGUCUUAAUUUUAAUGAGAAGCAUUUAGAACCCCAUGAGACCAAGAAACCUGAAAAUGUUCAAGAUACUGAAACCGUUGAAAGUUCUCAGCAAAACGAGGCAUUCAAGCCAGAGGAUUCGAAGGAAAGAGAAUUUGAAAGAAUAUUUGUUCCUGAAAUCGAAAUGACUGAUAGGCACAAUGGCCAUAACAGUCAGGUGAGUGAGAAACUUGAAAUUUUGGCAGAUCCCGUGCAGGCCAUGUUAUUUGACAUGAUUCCUAGCCUUGCCCCCAAGAAUGUUGAGCAACCUACGGCGAGUCAUCGAGAAGAGAAGCUUCCUUCCAAUGCAGAUUCAACUACUGCUACUACUACUAAGAAAAAGAAGGUUAGCUACAAGGCUAUUGCUGCCGAGCUGCUCAAGGACUGGUAGAACAUCAAUUUACAUCAAUGUAUUACUAAUUUCUGAAUGUGUGCCAAAAGUUCCUUUGUUAGAUCAAAUUGAUUGUUACCCAAGUGUUUCUGUUUUGGUCCGUUAUUGUUAUUCAAAUGUUAAAUCAGGUUUUCUUUGAUCAUGGACUUGUAUGAUUAGUGUGGUAUAUCUUAGAAAAUCAUAUGUAAGUUUUGUAUUUUUACCCUUAAAUUAUAGAAAUUUACUCUCCUCGGUCCCCUCUUUAUUUGUUCUUUUUUACCA